AUGUCAGUAGCCGUCGUUAGGCACCAUCUUAUCAAGAAGCUAUCGGCGACCCCUAUUCUACCUCCGCAAACGGACCUUCGACGUGCACCGGGCGAGCCUCUAGAUACCCAGUCUGCUCUUCAGGCCAACAAGGCCACGUUUUUCUUCCAAAUAGACAGAGAGUUGGACAAGGUCAACGCUUGCUAUGUCCAGAAGGAAGCCGAGCUAAAGAUUCGGCUCAAGACGCUUCUUGACAAGAAGAAGGCUCUACGAUCAAGAAGCGGCGGGACCUCACGACGGUCCACCAAGUUCACUACCCUUCAAGAGGGUUUCCAGCAGUUUGUCAACGACCUGAACAAAUUGCAACAGUUCGUCGAGAUCAACGGUACAGCUUUCUCCAAAAUUCUUAAGAAAUGGGACAAGACAGCAAAGUCCAAGACAAAGGAGCUAUAUCUCUCAAGAGUCGUCGAGAAACGACCAGCCUUUAACCCAACCGUCAUCAGCGAGCUGUCAGAUCAAGCGACCACCAGUUUACAAGAACUGGGAGCGUGGGCUGAUGGGGACAACGUCAGCUUCGAAACCAGGCCCGAUCACGACCAUGUCGUUAGCACUCAACAUCUCCUUGGGACUGACGAGGGCGAUGCCGAUACGUUACUGCUUGACACCGUUCUCUCGGGAAACAUCGACUCCCUCAAAGAUAUGCUGGACCGUUUGAAGGCCACAGCAGCUCCAGAUGGCUCUGCCGAUGUCUCGCUAGCGGAACGGGUUACGCGGACGUUCCUGGCGUCCAUCAACGAAGGCUCGCUUGAAGCGCUCAAGGUCCUUCUCGACACUGGACUUGUCGACAUUCAGUCCUGGGAUGAUAUCAAUGAGCGGAACUGUCUCCACCAGGCGGCUAUAUAUGGUAACUCGUUUGUUCUGGAGUACGGUCUGUCGAAGGGAGUCGACGCGGAGAGGACUGACGCGUAUGGACGUGUACCUCUACACUAUGCCAGCACGCAUGGGCGUCUCGACAUGAUUGACGCCUUGCUCAAUGCUUCCCCCAAGACUAUCAAUCUUAUUGACCACGACAACUUCACGCCCCUGGUCCAUUCCAUCGUCCGUAACCAUCUUGAGUGUGUCGUGGCAAUCGUCGAGCUGCUUCUCAAGCAUGGUGCCAAGAUUCUUGCUGACGCCGAGGGUCUUUACCCUCAACAUUUGGUCGCAAGAUCAGGGCAGACUCCGGAGAUUCUAGUGCUGCUUAAGCAGUACGGAGCCGAUCUCGAUCAGAUCGAUAAGCUUUACGGCUGGACCCCUUUGGUUCAUGCAGCAAGUGAGGGUAAUGUCCCGUGCCUGCAGGCUUUGCUCGAGAUCGGCGCAGAUCCCAACAUUCUCGACGAGAAGGACCUUCCUGCCAUGUACUAUGCGGCUUGGGAAGGGCAUCUCGAGUGUAUGAAGCUUCUCACACCAACUAAAAAGGAGAAGGCGGCAAGCGAGCUCCCACCUAUACACAUUGGAGGAGCCUUGCCUCCCAUGGCUAGCAGCACUGCGCCAAUGCCCAUGUCCCUCGACGCGAUUGAUCCCAUCCCCGCGCUCGAAUUACCGCCCCCUAUCAUUCCCCUACGCCGGUACGGUCACAACUUUCUUGACACCAAAACCGUUGUGCAGAUCAGCUUUGAGGAAGACAGCGAACAACCUCUACUAUUCUUCCAGGACGGCAAGUAUCCAGCCGCUCGCCUUACCAUCUCAUCCAAGUCAUCGGACCUCAUCCCCAAGAAUAUUAUUCUUCCCUUCCAAGAAGACACUAGGGUUGCGUCAUUUCAGAUCGACAAUCUUGAAUCCUUCACUUUGGACUUUGAGGUAUUCCCGACGUAUGGCGCCAAGGUCAUUGCGAAGACUGUCGCUCUACCAAAUAUCUUCCGUGCAUUGCUCAGCAGCUCUGGCAAGUGCUGCCUGCCGCUAUUUGACCCUCGGCUGCGCGCCAUUGGCCAGAUCAGCUUCCACGUCCAAAUUAUCAAACCCUUCAGCGGAACGCCGCUCGAGAUCACGGACUUUGAGACGUACUGGAAGGCCACGAGCCAGUUUGACACAAACACAAGCACCUUCGUCACCGGCUCCAGUCUGUCGGGCGACUUUGUCCAGAUCUACGUCCAGCACACCAAGGACGGGGUUCCUGUACUCUGGCCCAGAUGGACCAUCAACUGCGGCGGUAUCGACGUCCCCGUGUCCACGCUUACCCUCGCCCAGUUCCAGACCGUCACGGCAGCCGCCAGAAACGGAACCAACCUCUCCGAGCUGUCUACUUACACCCUCGACCAAAUAGCCGACGUCCAUCGCAUCCUCGCCAACAUCGGGAUAACCCUCCACGAGGCCCUCUUCCUGCUUCCCAAGGGCAUGCACGUCAACAUCCAGGUCCUGUACCCGACGGCCGACGAAAAAGCUGAAUCCAAUAGCAGCACUGUGGCGGACGACGUCAAUGAGUUCGCCGAUGCGAUCCUCAGCGUCGUCUUCGACCAUGCCCGCGCGCAGAGGGCUGAAAGACCCGAUAGCGUCCGGUCGGUGGUGUUUAGUUCGUAUAAUCCUACCUUGUGCACGGCGCUGAACUGGAAGCAACCGAACUUCCCUGUGUUCUUGUGCAAUGAUAUGGGAAGAGAGGAUCGGAAGCAGCAGCAGCAGCAACAGGGAUGUCGUAGCAAGGGAGAUGGCGACGAGGAUAUGGGCGGGACUACGGCUGCUAGUAGACGGGAGGCGGCAGAUGAAAGGACACUGCAGAGUGACGGGAGGAGGACGAGCUCGAUUAAGGAUGUGGUGAGGACGGCGACGAGCAAUAACUUGAUGGGGCUGAUUUGUUGUUCAAGGCUGUUGGACAUGGUGCCAGCACUGGUUGACGCUAUCAAGUCUCAUGGGUUGGCUCUGGUGGUGGACAAGUCGGGUGAACCUGAGGCGGCGAAUAGCAAAGACGGUGGUGAUAAGCAGUUGGGGAUUAGUGCAGACGAACAGGGUAAGGAGCAACAUGUGACCGACAACGUUAUCCCAAGAUUAGUCAAGUCAGCUCAUGAGGCUGUGAAUUGCAAAUAG